UAGAGGACAUCUUUCCACCUAAUUUCACUUCUCAGACUGACAGAAAACUACAUUCAAUAUAAAUCCACGCUUAUAUUUGUACUUAGCCUUGACUUUAUCUCUAACAGUACGCCAAAGCUCGACACAAUGACUACUUGGAUCUCUACACACGGCAUUGGCGCCAUUAAAGAUUCUGCCUCUUCAUUCAACAUAGUCAUCGAAAAGGGUUAUGCACUUGUCAAGCCAACAACCGCCAACCAGUUAUCCGGAUGGGUUCAUUACACCAUCCCUAGCCCUCCUGUCGACUAUCCGAAUCUAAAGAAAGCUUCUGUCGACUUCACGGCCCAGGCGGCGACUGUGGAGAAAGUAGAGGUUUACUUUGCCAAUUCGCGGAAGUUCCAAGAGGCCGGAUUGUCACACUCGAGCACCUUCACCCUUGACGUCCAGGCAAACCAAGGCCCGGUAGUUUAUGGGGGGAAAGGGAUUUCCGUGUCUAUAUUCGUCCAGUUCGGUGGCAUGGGUUCCACGAUCAAGCUCCAGUCUGUUGCAAUCCAAGUUUAAGUAAGCCUAA